UCGCUCAUCACCAGAGAAAGGCGUCCCAUGGUUCUUGAACCUAGACAACCGAAAACCACCCUUGGGCCAACCGCUUAAACACUAGGCCGGUACAGGAUGGCGUACCAGAAGAAGUUGUCGUCGAGAGCGGGGCACGUCGAGAUCCUCCUGCUUGUCAUCGUCCGAGCGCAAAAGGACAUGGCAGGCACGCUGCCGCCGCCCGAUGGUGGCUGGCUUGGCUCCUCUGUUUCUCUGGCGCCCCUUCCACCAAAGCAAGGUAGGGCCGUUUUGCCGGUGACGAUAAGUGGGUGGCAUAAGUUUUGGGGGGGAGGUCUAGACACGUGGUUUUGCUAUCUCUCUGCCGCAUUGCCGCCUACCCUACCCAACAGGGCUACUAUCUUCCGUCCUCUUUUGAAGACGGCGCCUAGGAGGUUGCUAGCGGUAGCUCCGGCUGACGCCAUCGAACUACACACAAAGUUCCAGACAAAUGCCCUCUCUGAUUGAGAUGCGGGAGAUAAGAGGCUAGGAUUCAGGGGGCUGCCCAUCUCUGCAUCCGCAGGAACACGUAAACUGACCUACCCAGACUCCAUGAGAAUCCGAACCCGAGUAUAGUAUCUC